UUCUUCCCUUCCUCCGAGUAAAGAUGGCGACGGCGCAGCUAACGGACGAUGAGCUUUUCUCUGAGUUAAAGAGCUUUGGAUUCACUCCAGGCCCGGUCUCCGAGAAUACGAGACCGGUUUAUUUGAAAAAACUAAAGAAACUACGCGAGGAACAACAACAGAAAGGAGGAACCAGAGCGGGGAAAAACCGAAACAGCGGCACUAUCAUCAACAACAACAACAACAGCAGUAGCAGUAGUAGCAGUAGUAGCGGUGGUAACGGCAGCUACACGGCGGCGGGAGCUUCGGGAUGCGGAGCCAGGCCAGCUAGCCGUGACGUCACGCCCCGGAGCCCCGGUGGUCGACCGGUCCUGAACGAAAAGCGAACCGGUGGAGCUGGGAAGUUCGUAUUGGGUUUUAGUUCGGACGAAUCGGACGCCGAGGACCCGAGGAAAAAACGAGGAGCGAACCACGGCGGUAGGAGAGACCGAGGUUCCGCGUAUCAACAACAACAGAUCAGGCCUACAACGGGAACUGCUACCGCCACUCGGAAGAGCCUGGGAGUCGCUGUGAGUACCAGCAGUAACAACUCCUCUCCCGCCGGGCUGCUGGAGGGGAGGAGAAGCGGACCCGGUUCUCUCGGUUGGGAGGACCGGGGAAAAUCGAGCCUCGAGGUCUCGCGGGCCGCGGAAGUGAAGGGUUACGACGAAGAGCCCGAAGAAGACGACGAUUUUCAAGGGGAGACGGAGAGAGACAGUCGGUCUCUGAACGGGAACAGGGCGUCUUACUCACUGAGCGCCAGUAGUAAGAAAGUCGGUGAUUACUCAGAUUCGGAGGAAGAGGAAGAAGGGGGGAUAACAUCUGGGCAGGACCGUCAACGAGACCGGCGCUUACAGCAACACUACUCCAGACGGAGUCACUCCUCCAAGCCGUCUCCCUACAGAAGUGCCCCGGGGUCAGAGAACGGACAGGAAACGACUGGCGGCAUGGCAAUCAGGCCAAACGACACGCCUGGCGCUAGUAGGAGUCGACUAGACAUGAUGGGAGGCCGGGGGGAGGAGGAAGAGGAGGAGGAAGAGGGAAAGAAACGAGGCCCCGGCGAAUCGUCCCUGAGCGGGAGCUUGCUGCGACGCCAUUGCCCCAGGGGGACCAUCUACGUGUCGGCUGUGAUGGGGAAGAGCGACCGCGGCAACCCCGGGGAAAGCAGCGGCAACAAUUCCCCGUCCUCCGCCUACAACAAAAACCACAUCGACAGCGGGGAUGGCGCCACCAGCAGCAGCCGAUUCAGCAUCGGCCUGAGACCGCGUUUCUCCAACUACAACAGUCUAUCCGCUACUUACCGACCCAACCAUUCAAAUCAUAGCGGUCCCAACCAUGCCUACAGCCAGUCGAGUCUCAAGCAGAAGCACACGGUACCGGAGGAUGAGCUGCUCCAGCAAUUCAAGCGGGAGGAGGUGGGGUCGUCCACCGGUGGUUGGGGGUUCAGUGCCCACUACCUGUCCAUGUUCCUGCUCAUGGCCGCCUGCCUGUUCUUCCUCCUGCUCGGCCUCAUGUAUCUCCGGAUGAGGGGGUCUGGAGCCUCUGAGGUCGAUGUUGUCGUUAAGAACCACCCGUUUGGCAGCGAGUUUGACAGUUCUUAUGACAAGACGGAGAAGGACACCAUUCUGAAACUCCUCCUCAACCUUCACGACCACCUGGCUCAUAUUGCUGGCCAACAUGACUGUACCGCCCCGGAGCAGCAGCAGGCCAACAGGAGCCUGUCUCUGAAGGAAGCCUCUGACUAUCUCCUGCAGCAGAAUGAACAGUACCGUUUCUGGGUUCUCCUCGCUCUGGAGUGGAUCAUACGGACAGGGGAGGACGUUGGCAUACGGCUGAUCGGGGAUAACCCAGAGGAGGCAGUAGCGGACGUGAGUGAGGUGACUCGUCUGGAGUCGACCCACCCCAAGAUGUCCUUCUCCUGUCGCUUCAGAAGAGCCUUUUUUACAGUCAUCCACAGGGUGCUGCUCAUCCUAACAGUGAUUGGUCUGGUGUGGGGUGUAUUCUACUAUAUGAAGUAUCGUUGGAGGAGAGAGGAAGAGGAGACCAGGCAGAUGUAUGACAUGGUGGAGAGAAUCAUCGGUGUUCUGAAGAUCCACAACGCAUCGUGUCAGGAAAACAAUGACCUCCAGCCCUACCUGCCCAUUCCUCAUGUCAGAGACUCCCUGGUCCAACCCCAGGACAGAAAGAAGCUGAAGAAGGUUUGGGACCGGGCUGUGACCUUCCUCUCAGCCAAUGAGAGCCGUAUCAGGACAGAGUCUCAGCGGAUUGGCGGAGCCGACUUCCUGGUGUGGAGGUGGCUCCAGCCCUCUCUGAGCUGCGACCAGAUCUCACUCAUCCCCUCCAAAGUCUGGCAGGGCAAAGCGUUCCCUCUGGACAGGAGGAACUCCCCUCCCAACAGUUUAACACCGUGUCUGAAGAUCAGAAACAUGUUUGAUCCAGUCAUGGAGGUUGGUGAAAACUGGCAUCUGGCCAUCCACGAGGCCAUCUUGGAGAAGUGUUGUGACAACGACGGCAUCGUCCACAUCGCUGUCGACAAGAACUCCAGAGAGGGCUGUGUCUAUGUGAAGUGUCUGUCAGCAGAACACUCAGGGAAAGCCUUCAAGGCGCUACAUGGCUCCUGGUUCGAUGGUAAGCUGGUGACGGUGAAGUACCUGCGUCUGGACCGUUACCACCAGCGUUUCCCUCAGGCCCAGGGCUGUACCACCUCCCUGAAGCCCUCGAACACCUACAUGAACACCAUGUCCAGACUACGUCACCAUACCAGCCCUGACACUAACUCUCUAGGCUUCUCCUGAGGGGGGGGGGGAUUACCCCAGCCUCCCCUCUCCCUCAACCCCACCACACCAGCCCUGACACGAACUCUCUAGGCUUCUCCUGAGGGGGGGGGAUUACCCCAGCCUCCCCUCUCCCUCAACCCCACCACACCAGCCCUGACACGAACUCUCUAGGCUUCUCCUGAGGGGGAGGGGGGGUAGAUUACCCCAGCCUCCUCUCUCCCUCAACCCCACCACACGAACUCUCUAGGCUUCUCCUGGGGGGGGGGGGAUUACCCCAGCCUCCCCUCUCCCUCUCCCUCAACCCCACCACACGAACUCUCUAGGCUUCUCCUGAGGGGGGGGGGGGGUAGAUUACCCCAGCCUCCUCUCUCCCUGAACCCCACAGAUACCACCACACCAGCCCUGACAGCUCCUUCUUACCCCUGUGUAACGGUCUCACCUCAACACAAGCCCCCUUUCCUUCAGUCUCCCCUUAACAAGCCUGGAGGUGAUGGCAGCUGGGUGAACCGUCUGUCUCUCAGGGCUGGGUUGAACCGUCUGUCUCAACUCACAGGGCUGGGUUGAACCGUCUGUCUCAACUCACAGGGCUGGGUUGAACCGUCUGUCUCACAGGGCUGGGUGGAACCGUCUGUCUCAACUCACAGGGCUGGGUGGAACCGUCUGUCUCACAGGGCUGGGUUGAACCGUCUGUCUCACAGGGCUGGGUUGAACCGUCUGUCUCACAGGGCUGGGUUGAACCGUCUGUCUCAACUCACAGGGCUGGGUUGAACCGUCUGUCUCAACUCACAGGGCUGGGUUGAACCGUCUGUCUCAACUCACAGGGCUGGGUUGAACCGUCUGUCUCAACUCACAGGGCUGGGUUGAACCGUCUGUCUCAACUCACAGGGCUGGGUUGAACCGUCUGUCUCAACUCACAGGGCUGGGUUGAACCGUCUGUCUCAACUCACAGGGCUGGGUUGAACCGUCUGUCUCACAGGGCUGGGUUGAACCGUCUGUC